AUGUCAGUUGUUGUGCAAGAAUGUUCUGGAAAGAAAAGAGUCAUGCUGUUGACAAAAGGCGCCGAUGCUACUGUUUUGCCGAUUUUGUCUAACGAGUAUACUACUUCUCUGAAAGGAGAAGAGGAAGUGUUCAAGGCUCAGGAGCACUUGUCUGACUAUGCGAGGGAAGGCCUAAGAACACUUUGUCUGGGGAUCAAGUACUGGAACGAUGAAGACUAUCAGAAGUGGAGAGCUAUUCACGAAGAAGCUGAACUCGAUCCACACCAUCGAGAGAAUUUGCUCAGAGAUAGUACGCUAAAAGCUGAACAGGAUGUUGAUUUAUUAGGCGUGACAGCAAUUGAGGACCGCCUUCAGGAAGGAGUUCCCGAGUGCAUCCAUCUGUUGCGAGAGGCAGGAAUCCGUGUUUGGGUUCUGACAGGUGAUAAGGUGGAAACGGCUGUGAAUAUUGCAUUCUCCUCUAGGCUCUUUUCUUCCGCCAUGGAUCUUCUAAACAUUGGUGCAAACGGUGUACGUUCGGUUUCCGACCUGCUUGACGAGCACCUCAUACGGUAUGGUGAUUUAUCACAAUGUGUAAAUCGCGCUGGAGAAAUUACUGAAGAUGCGGCAUUUGGUUUAGUACUGAACGCAUCCUGUCUUGAUUACUGCUUGGAUCCUCAUAAUGAGGAGCGUUUCGUUCGAUUGCUCAAGAGCUGUCGCAGCGUUUUAUGUUGUCGAGCAACUCCGAUCCAGAAGGCAUCUUUAGUAAAAUUGGCAAAAAAUCGUCUUAAGGGCAAGGUCCUUGCCAUAGGAGAUGGAGCUAAUGACGUGUCUAUGAUCCAAUCUUCUGACGUCGGUGUGGGCCUCUCAGGCCAGGAGGGCAUGCAAGCAGUUAUGGCUAGCGAUUUUGCCAUGGCUCGUUUUCGUUUCCUCGCAAAUCUUCUUCUGGUACAUGGGCACUGGUGCUAUCAGCGAUUAGCUCAAACAAUCCUUUAUUUCUUUUACAAGAAUGCGGUGCGCUUCUUUCACUUGGCUUCUUUGUUGUAA